AUGCUUUAUAUGUCUCUCCUUCGAGACAUUGAAAAACGAGGAUUGGGACAUCGAAGAAGAGAAAAGACAAGGGAGAAAAGAUACGCAAGCCAAAAGGGAAAAGAUGAAUUAAUCGAAAUUGUUAAGGAAUUACCAAAGUUAUAUGAAAGAAAUGAAAAGGAAAUAAUAACUUCAUUAGUGACUUGUUUCAUUGAGAGAAAUCCCAAGUAUAUAGAUGCAUACGAAUUGUUUAGCACGUUUUAUUUCAAAAUAAAAGAUUACAACUCUGCGUUGAAUUUGUUAUUUGCAGCUUUGUAUCUUGAUCACAACAAUGAAAAGUUAACUACCUUGCUAAAAUUAUGUGAAGAGUGCCAAGUCAGUAAAUAUGCCAGAAUUCCAAUCAAGUAUAAGGAGUGGAUUUUUUAUCCGGAAAGGAGGGAGACCAAGAGAUGCGUCCCCUUCGUCAAUUCUACUGGACACAUCCUUCAGGAUCUGCAAGGAAGUGAUUCGAGAGAAGGUAAUUUGCGAGGAAGUAAUUCGCAAGGAAGUGAUUCGCAAGGAAGUGAUUCGCAAGGAAGUGAUUCGCAAGGAAGUGAUUCGCGAGGAAAUGAUUCGCGAGGAAAUGAUGUGCAAAGGAGGGGAGAAGACAAAAACCGGUCUCAAAGAACCCACGAUCGAAGCACGCGAACCCGUAAUAAUGGCCUCCUAAAUAAGGCCCUCCCAAGUAGUGGGUUCGCUUGGGACGGAUUCCAAAAUGAUGAUCCAGAUGAACAGAUGCAAAAAGACAAAAUACACAUUGCCAAGCACGGGAAACAUUAUAUUGCGCUAGCCAAAAAAGAUCUAGAACCAGGAGAAAUCAUAUUUCAAACGAAACCUUUUAUUGUUACACAACAUAUAUUUUGCAACAAUUAUGUGUACAGAACCUGUUAUCACUGCUUAAAAGAAAGAAACAUAUCCCAGAAAUGUUAUGCAUGUCCAGUUAAUCCACAUACGUGUACAUACAUUUUCUGUAGUUGGAAAUGCUUAACAGAAAAUAUGAAAAUUCACAAAGCUGAAUGUCCGAUUUUACCAAUCAUAUCAGCAGCAGCGAAAGAAGCAAAUCUAAUGCAUCAUCUAGUUUUGCAUAUAUUUCGAGUAUUAAUUAAAGCUAGGAUAGAUAAAGAAUACAAAGACAAAGAAAAAAACAUUUUAAAUGAGAUAUUCAACAAUGAAUCCUUUUAUGAUGUUGUUAAAGAGAAUCAAAUUGCUCUGUUUAAUUCAUUUAAUACAUUGGCUAAUAGAAUAAUAUUAGAAUUUCCUUCCACAUUUUAUCUCUAUUUGAAACAGAAAGAACUUGUUGAAUUUAUGUUAAUUGUAUGGCAGUAUUCUCAUUUCAUUAAGUAUUACUCUCCAUCUUCUAUUAUUCAACAAACCAAUCCAGAAAUUACCUUUGGGUUGGUGUAUUCACCUCAGCUAGCCAAAAUGCAUCAUAGUUGUGUUCCAACAUGUACAUUUUAUUAUGAUGAAAAUGGAUUCUUAACUGUAAGAUCCUUAUGCAAUAUACCACAGGGUGGGAAAUUAUGUAUAAGCAUUUUGACAGAUCAGUAUGUUCCUCUUAACAUAAGAAAAAGUUUUAGAGGAAUUCCAAGAAUUUUUACUUGUGGUUGUAUUAGAUGUACAGAUCCAACAGAAAAUAAUUUACAUCUUAGAAGUAUGAAAUGUCCAAAGUGCAUUAUUGGCUAUAUUUACCCAAUAAAAACUGAUACUCUUAUUGAGGCUCUCAAGUUGUACAAAUUUCAACAUACCCAAAUGGAAGAUGCAUCUAAUGAACACAUCAUUCAGAAGAGUGAAUUGAAAAACAUCCAAGAAAAUAGGUACACUUCAAAUGUGGUGCAUAGUAGAGAAAACGGAGAUAACAACAUUGUAAAGAGGAAUUCUCACAUUAAAUCCACAAGUCAAAGAAAUGGAAAUGACAGAGAUGAUGAGAAAGGAGUUUAUAAAAAACUAGAAGGAGAAACAGAGAAGUGGUUGUGUUCUAACUGUGGUAAAUUGUCUCUUCACGGUAGCAAACGGUGCACAAGGUUAGAGCAUAAAAUUUAUGUUCAGUUUAACCAAGCAGAAAAUAAUUACAUGAAAGGGAAUAUUAUCCAAUCAAAGAAACAACUUUUGAAUAUUUACAAUGAGGUGCGUUAUCUUUUACAUCCAAAUCAUUAUAUUCUUUUCAAUGUUCACGUGCUUCUAGCUGGGUUGAUGAGACAUGAUCCAAAUAAGGAAUUAUAUGAUUCAUUAAUUUUUUUGCGAAAGGCAAUAAUAGCAGGAGAAAAUGUAUUACCUGUGUGUUCAUUGGAAAAAGUUCACUUGUAUGCACAUCUAUCUCAUUACACAUUUAGUUAUUCUAAUUUUUGCAAAUUAUAUAUGAAAGGAGCAGGGGUAUCGGCUGAAUCUAUUAUAGAACCCAUAUUUGCAUCUAUCUUCAAUUCAGUGGUGACAACAGGAUAUAACUCAACUCUGACCAUUUCAUUAAUCCAACACUUACGGACAUAUGCAAUUCAUUUCAACAUAUAUACUCCAUAUAAAGAAAUAGAAUUUUGUAUACAUAGAAAAGAAGAAUUUAGCAAUUUUUACCAUCAUGUAACACAAAAAAAAAAUGAAUCAUAUAGAAAAAUGAAAAAAGUAAUGAAAGAGGAUCCCUUUUACCCCAUCUACAUGGCAUGUCAAUGUUUUGAUAUCGAUUAUAAAAAGAAUAAAUAUUUGUAUCAUACUUUGAAAUUGUAUAGGAAUAUUAAAUAUGUUGGAAAUGGACAAAAUGCAUUGUCGAUAGCUGCUGCUUUUGGAAAUAUAAACUUAGUAAAGAUUCUACUCAAAUUAAAUUAUUCUCUUUUUUCAAAAAAUGAAUUACAUAUGAAUGCACUAUUACACAUGGCUAGUUCAUUUCUUCCAGAUGAACAGACGAGUUAUCACUCGAAUUAUUUUUCCAUUUUGUUAAAAGAAAUAGAAUCGCAAAAAGUACAUUUAGAAAAUUUCGAAAUAGACUAUUCCAACAUAACCAAUGGGUUCAAAACAAGCAACACUGAUUCCAUUUUAAUGCAAAAUGAAGACAGAUACAUGAAUUCAUGUCAUUUGAAAAAUGACACAGAAAGACCAUUCUCCUUUGAUAACCUUCUCUUUGGUGAAGAAUUUACAUACGGAUCGGCUAGUAGACAAUUGGAUAUAAACCAAAAAAUUAUACUUACCUUAUUUCUGAAGCAUCUGGAUAACAAGCAUCUAAGUAAGAGGAAAAAAUACAAAAGCAAAUUGAAGUUUAACAAAAGAUUGAACUUUUCCAAUGUUAUUAGAAGGAAAAGAGAUAGUAACAGGUCAUUCCUUGUGCCAUCAUCUAGAUUUUUAUUACCCUCAGGCAAUUCUGCUAUUCCCCAUCGUGUUAAUCUGAAAGAUGAAAAUUUAUUUGACAGUAAUCAAAGUAAUAUGGAUUCAAGUAACAUUCUAUGGGAUCUAAAUGAUGACAAACGUGAAACAGCUAAAGAUUUUAGUAGCUACAAAGGAUUAAAUAAUAUUGGAAAUAUGUUACAUUGUGUUGCAGGGAAUGACAGUCUGAACAGUAUGGAUGACUUUGAAUCUCUUGAAGAUCACGAUUCAGAGUUUUCAAAAAAGAAAAAAAAUUAUAUUAUCUCCAAAAGUGCAAAACGGAGGGGUAGCUCCAAAGGAAGCAACACUUCUGUGUGUAGUAGUUUCGAUUCUGCAAAAUCAGACGAUAUUUUGAAUAACAAAUUAAAUCAUUAUUAUGUAGAGAAAUUUCUAACCAAAUCUAUCUCUCAUAAAUUACUAGGAUUAAACAAUGCAUUGCAUUAUGCAUGCAUAAGAGGAAAAAGGAAAUUAUCAGAACAACUCAUCAUAAGUGGUAUACCAGUAAUGCUUCUGAACGCUGAAGGAAGCACACCUUUACACAUGGCUUCUCUCAAUGGGCAUGAUGAGAUUGUGAAAACAUUAAUUAAGUAUAAAAGUGAAGUAAAUUUUCUUACCUCUCAUGGAGAAACACCACUAAUGUUAGCUGCAUAUGGAUUACAUGUUCAGGUAAUAAAAACGUUAGUAGCAAAUGGGGCAGAUGUAAUUUUGAAAAAUAAUAAUAAUGUAACAGUUUUACAUUGUCUAGUACAUGGUUUGUUAAGAACACAUACAAUUUAUUAUGAACAUGCAUCAUGUAAUGAUGAUGCAUUAUAUGUUACGAAUGGAGGAUUACUCACUAAAUUGAAUCCAUCAAAAAUGUUUACACAACCGUUGACAUAUUUAGAUACACAUCAGCAGCAACAUCUCAGGGCCCACAUACCUAUCAUUGAGGACUUGCCCAAUGAUUUCUACAUUUUACCAUUUAAAUUAUUACAUAGAAUUAAAAAAGCCAUAGUCAUAUUGAAAUAUCUUAUGAUGUAUUGUCCUUUAUAUAUAUAUGAUGUCAAAAAUUCUAAUGGGUAUAAUCCCUUUGAAUUGCUGAAAGCCAUUUGGAGAAAACUAUCUCUAAGACGAAUGCAUAUCUUAACAGCAUCAGAUUUGAAGUUCUCUGCUUUCACUCAUGUGCAAAAGAAUAUAAUACAUCAAGGCUGGUCCCUCAUCACUGCACUUAUUCACAUGUUCAUGUCUAUUUUGAGACCCGAUCGAUCAGUUCUUACGUCCAUCUACACGAACUUUCUACAAGAGGGGAACCAGAUAAGCACUCAGAUAAAAAGUGGUGAAGAAGUUGCAAAAAGUGGUGAAGAAGUUGCAAAAAGUGGUGAAGAAGUGGCAAAAAGUGGUGAAGAAGUGGCAAAAAGUGGUGAAGAAGUGGCAAGGGGUGAAGACGAACCGAUGGAAUCACUGAAAGUAUCCAUUUCCAACAUGGAGAGUAAAACUGCAAAAGGAAAACAGUUGGGCACCCCGAAAAAAAUGUGGCUUAAGAAAACCAAGAUGCUACCCACCUCCAGUUCCCCUAAGCUGAAAUAA